AUGAGUCGCAGAAUUGUACAUAACAGAGAAUACGAGCAGCUGAUGGCUUUUAUUUUUGCCGUUGAUGAAGUUAACCGGAGGUCAGAUCUCCUCCCCAAUGUCACCCUGGGUUAUCAAGUGUUUGACUCUUGUGGAAAUAUAAAUAAAGUUAUUAAUAACGUUCUGCACAUCAUGUCCGGGAUUUGGGGGCCUGAUGCAAUUCCUAACUAUUCAUAUAAGAGGCACGAUAAGCUGGUUGGUUACAUUGGAGACCUCCAUCCCGUCACUACAAACCCCAUGGCACAGUUAUUGAGCAUCUUUGGAUAUACUCAGAUUAGUUAUGGAGCCAGAGACCCGCUCCUGGGCAACAAAAUGCUGUAUCCAAACUUUUUUCGAACCGUCCAAAACUAUGAAAUACAACAUGUAGCAAUCGCUAAAUUAAUUAAAAGUUUUGGAUGGAACUGGGUUGGGAUAUUAACAACAGACGACGACCCUGGAGAACGUGAAGCCGAACAUCUGAGCCAAACCCUCAGUAAAUAUGGAAUUUGCAAAGAAUUUGAAGUCAGAAUUUCUCUCGCAAGACAUAGACCUUAUCUUAAGAAACUAAAAUCCUCGAUUUCAGAGAUUAAAACUGGAGCAAAACAGAUGAAACCAUUUAAAUUCCAACAUAAAAUACCAGCAGGCUCGUGUUCUGCAGCUUGUUUUCCAGGAACUCGACGAUCUCCAAAAAAAAGUUAUCACUCGUGCUGCCAUGACUGUAUUCCAUGUUCAGAGGGACAUAUAUCCAAUAUAUCUGAUAGUAAAAAUUGCCAAAAGUGUCCUGAAGAUCAAUGGCCAAAUGAGGAAAAAGACGAGUGUAUUCCAAAAUUGGUAGAGUUUCUGUCAUACGAGCAGGACAUGUUGGCUGCAGUGUUCUCCUCCAUGUCUGGACUUUUUCUUAUUAUAACCAGCUCUGUAUCAGCAAUUUUCCUUUUAUUCUUGGACACACCCAUAGUAAAAGCCAAUAAUCAGAACAUCAGCUUCAUUCUUCUUCUGUCCCUCAAGUUCAGUUUAUUGUGCAUGUUCCUGUUCAUUGGUCGCCCAGAUGAUAUAACCUGCAUGCUACGACAAAUCUCCAUUGGGGUCACCUUCACUGUUGCAGUGUCUUCUAUCUUGGCCAAGACCAUUAUGGUUUCCAUCGCUUUUAAAGCCACCAGACCUGGAAGCUCCUGGAGGAAAUGGCUGGGGGUUAAACUGCCCCAUUCUGUAGUGCUGAUCUGCUCCCUCAUUCAGUUUCUAAAUGGAAUUAUUUGGUUGUCAAUUUCCUCUCCAUUUCAGGAGAUGGACAUUGAUUCUUAUCCUGGAAAGAUCAUCAUCCAGUGUAAUGAAGGCUCUGUUGUGGCAUUUUAUUUCAUGCUGGGUUAUCUGGGGGUUCUGGCAGCUGUGAGUUUUAUGCUAGCAUUCAUGGUGAGGACAUUACCCGAUAUAUUUAAUGAGGCCAAGUAUAUCACCUUCAGUAUGCUGGUCUUCUGCAGCGUCUGGAUCUGUGCCAUCCCAGCGUAUGUGAGCAGUAAGGGGAAGAGCAUGGUCAGUGUAGAGAUAUUUUCUAUAUUGGCUUCAGAAUUUGGCAUUUUGAGCUGUAUAUUUUUUCCCAAAUGCUACAAUAUUAUCAUGAGGCCAGAGGUCAUUCCUUUUUCCAUCAUGGCCGCCUCCAUGUGCGACGUGUUCGCCUUUUGUGUGGAGCCGAUGCCGGCCCGGCGGGCGGUGGAGAUCCGCUUCAUCAACAGCGGCAAGGUACCGGAGCCAGAGGAUGGUGGAGGCCGGGGAGAGGAGCAGGAGCCGCCAUAG